AUGGGUGUUCCUAAGUUCUUCAGGUGGCUCUCUGAGCGCUACCCGGCCAUCUCCCAGUUGAUUGCCGAGAAUCGCAUUCCCGAGUUCGACUGCCUUUACCUUGAUAUGAAUGGCAUCAUUCAUAACUGCACCCACAAAGACUCCGACGAUGCCAUGUUUCGCAUGACAGAAGAUGAGAUGUUCAUCCGUAUCUUCAACUACAUCGAGCAUUUGUUUGGCAAAAUCAAACCCAAACAGCUUUUCUUUAUGGCCAUCGAUGGUGUCGCUCCCCGCGCCAAGAUGAACCAGCAGCGUGCCCGGCGGUUCAGGACCGCUCUGGAUGCCGAAAAGGCCAGGGAGAAGGCCCUGCGAGACGGCCUCGAGCUUCCCAAGGAGGAGCCAUUCGACAGCAACUGCAUCACCCCCGGCACCGAGUUCAUGGCUAAACUCUCCACCCAGCUGCGUUAUUUCGUCAACAAGAAGAUCUCCCAGGACAAGGAGUGGCAACAAUGUGAAAUUGUCCUUUCUGGCCACGAGGUCCCUGGCGAGGGCGAACACAAGAUCAUGGAAUACAUCCGCAACGCCAAGGCUCAGCCAAACUACAACCCCAACGUGCGCCACUGCUUGUACGGACUUGACGCCGACCUGAUCAUGCUCGGUCUGCUCAGCCAUGAUCCCCAUUUCUGUCUCCUUCGAGAAGAGGUUACCUUCGGUCGGCCUUCCAAGACAAAGUCCAAGGAGCUGGAACACCAGAAUUUCUAUCUCUUGCAUUUGUGCAUCGUAAGGGAAUACCUCGAGCUCGAAUUCCAGGAGCUCAAGGAGGAGGGCGUCAUGGACUUCCCCUUCGACAUGGAGCGUAUCAUCGAUGACUUCAUCCUCAUGGCAUUCUUUGUGGGCAAUGACUUCUUGCCCAACCUACCCCACCUGCACAUUAACGAGGGGGCCCUUGCCACCAUGUUUAACAUCUACAAGCGCACGUUGCCCAAGUGUGAGGGAUAUAUCAACGAAGGCGGAACAGUCAAUCUCAGAAGACUAGGCCUUUUGUUGGAUGAACUGUCCAAGGAGGAAUACCGCUUCUUCGAGCACGAGGCCGAGGACGAGAAAUGGUUUAGGUCCAAGCAGAUGAGCCUCCUCAGAGAAGGGGCAGCCGAGAAAGUCCGAUCCAAGGGAAAACUCGUUGUCACCUCGGCCCAGAAGGAGCUCUGGAAGCACAAGAUUCGCAAGUUCCUCAGCAAGCGCACCUCUGAGACUCUGGACCUGGGCUCCGGCCUCAAUGCUGCGGAUCGCAAGUUCGUCCAAGAUCUUGCGGAUGCAGUCAACGUUACAUGGUCUACAAAGGAGGAGGGAGAUGGUGAACGUCAUCUUGUGCUGACUUUCCCCCCAAUUCCUGGUCAAGACGGUGUUGAGGGUGCAGACGGGGAAGAAGACGACGACGACGAUGAAGAAGCUCACAUGGCUCUUUAUCGUGUGAUGAGGAAGUACGACAAUGCAGAUGUAGUCGAUCUGACGCCGGAAGACGCCAAAGCCCAGCUCGAAACUCUCUAUCAGCAAAAGUUCCAGGAGUGGAAAGACAAAUACUAUGCUGAGAAGUUCGAAGAUUGGACCCCUCAAAACAAAGAAGAAGAGCUCAAAAAGCUUUGCGAGAACUACGUUCAAGGCCUCCAGUGGGUGCUAUACUACUAUUACCGCGGCAUCGCAUCCUGGCCCUGGUUCUACCAAUACCACUACUCCCCUUUAAUUGGAGAUGUCGUCAAGGGCCUCAAUGCGGAUCUCAACUUCAAGAUGGGCCAACCUUUCAAGCCGUUUGAGCAGCUCAUGGGCGUCUUGCCUGACCGCAGCAAAAAGAUUGUUCCCGAGGUGUAUUGGGAGCUUAUGACAGAUUCGGCCUCGCCCAUUGUCGACUUCUACCCGCGCGACUUUGAGCUGGAUAUGAAUGGCAAGAAGAUGGACUGGGAAGCCGUUGUCAAGAUUCCCUUCAUCGAUGAAAAGCGACUCCUCGACGCAAUGGCUCCAAAGAACCAACUACUCUCACCAGAUGAGAAGGCUCGCAACGACUUCAGCCUGCCGCUCAAAUUUACCUACAGUCCCGAGGUCGACUUUACGUACCCUUCAUCGCUGGUGGGCAUCUUCCCGGAUAUCCAGAACUGCCACUGUGUCACAAACUUCUUCGAUCUCCCGCCCACAGACGGUCUAGAGUUUCUUCACGGGCUGACAGACGGCGCUCUUCUCAAUGUCUCGGCUUUGGCGGGCUUCCCAAGCUUGGCAACCUUGCCGUACACGGCUUCUUUGAGUUUCCACGGAGUUAAUGUCUUCCAGCAAGAUAGCCGAAACCAGAGCAUGAUUGUCACCCUCUCCGAUACCGAAGCGAGAACCCAAGUGAGCGCGACCACCGUGAAACUCGGCCAGCGUUGUCACGUAGGCUACCCGUUUCUGCAAGAGGCCAAGAUCGUGCGCGUAUCCGAUGAGCUGUUUGACUAUACCCUCGAUGCGCAUGGUCAUGUCGAACAGAAACCACAUAGCCCGAAGGAGACUGAGCAAUGGCAGUCCAAGGCCUCGCGUAUCGAGAGUUUCUACAGCAAGCGUCUCGGGAUUCUGAUUGGAACCGUCGAGUCUAUGGUUCAUGUCCAGAUGCUGAAGGGCCUCAUCAAGACAGACGAAGGCGCGACGGUCAAAGAAUACGACGAGAUACCGGGUGUUGAGACGGACUAUGCAGCUCAGGUCGUCGUGGACGAGGUUGUUAACGAGGAUCAACGCUUCAUUGAACGAGCCGCACUACCAGUCGAGGAGGAGUUCCCCCUCGGAACACAUGCCUUCUUCCUAGGAGACAUGGCGUAUGGCCGCCCCCUUGAAGUCAUUGGACACGCGAAUAACAGGGUCCACACUCUGGUUUCUAUCAUCAAGUCUAGGGAGCCCGACUUCGCUCGUUCGAUUGUUCACAAGGCCGAGCGGGAAAAUCGGUACACUCCUUCCUACGCGGUCGCUAAAAUGCUCGACAUGCAUCCACUGGCGCUCAGCAAGGUUACGUCUUCGUUCUACGUUUUCACCCUUGGCGGAUCCCUGAAGGUCAACCUAGGUCUCAACCUCAAGUUCGAAGCCAAGAAGCAGAAAGUCCUGGGUUACUCGCGCAAAUCGCAGACCGGAUGGGAGUUUAGCCCUGCCGCGAUAACGCUCCUGACCAACUAUAUGGUCAAAUUCCCUGACUUCUUCGCCGCCCUGAAGAAGGUGCCAUCUGGGGCCGAGAUCCAAGACACUGACCUGUGGCCAGAUGCCACCACUGCUGCUGCCAGGGUCAAGGAGAUCGGCGCUUACCUCAAGACGGUCGAGACGAGCAAGUUCGAGCGCGUGCCUCUCGAUGCUGAACAGCUCGAUUCAAACGUGGUGAUGCAACUUGCAGAUGCUGCAGACAAGGCACAGCUCAACAUACCGGUAGCCGAAGCAAAGAGGAUUAACAACCUCCCUCGCAACGCAUUGAUGAAGCCGUCUGACGCAGAGCACCGCCUCGGCAACCAGCGCUUUGCUCUGGGCGACCGUGUCAUCUACGUCCAGGACUCGGGCAAGGUGCCCAUUGCCCUCCGCGGCACCGUGGUAGGAAUCAGCCGCACCGCGACUGCCAAGUUGCUCGACGUCGUCUUUGACAUUACGUUCAUGAGUGGAACUACCUUGAAUGAUCGCUGUCCCGCCUUUCGUGGCCAGACUGUGCCUGCGUCCUCGGUGUUGAACCUCAGCUACCGACAGGUCAUUGCGGGAUCGAAAGCGAAUACCGAACGUCGACCUGCGCCUGCCAGCGGGUUUGCAGCAGGUGGUAUGCAGCAGUAUCGGGAUGCGCCGGCCCCGGGCCCGCUCCAUGGUUCGUGGAAAGGAGCGAUUGAUGGUGCCAAUCGUGGAAGGGGUCACCACUCGCCCCAACCUGGACCCCGUGCAGGGUCUCACAUCCAGCACAGUAGCCUUGUGUAUAGGAAUGCUCCUCAUCAGUCUUCACAGCAGAACGGCCAUAGUCAAGCGAAUGGUGUGAACGGGCACAACUCGCGCGGAAGAGGAGGACGUGGUCGCGGACGUGGAGGGCAACUCCCCUCUGGUACCAAUGGGGUCUCGGCAGAGGGAGCACCGGCUCCUGCUGGCCAGCAGUCUUUCAAUGCAGUGCCCCCGCCCGCGAACCUAGAUUCUCGAGGCGGCCGAGGCCGCGGACGUGGACGUGGCGGUGCCCGCGGCCGGGGUGGCCCACGAGGUGGCCGAGGUGGCCAGACUGGCCAGGCUGGACAGUCCUAG